UGAAUGUGAAUUGAAAGACGCGCAGCGCUUGAUUACACAAAAGUCGUGUAGCUCUAGCAGUUCGACUACAAAUACUUUGUACACUUUAGGUUGAGAAAUAAAAUUGUUCACAGUUUAGAGAAAUGAAAGCAGUCAAACGGGAAGUACAUACGAAAAUUGUCUAAGAUUUGUUGACGUUCAAUUUGAAACGACUUUAGGAAUAUUUUCGCCCAACGGCGAUUUUGGUAGUCAAACACCGUGUGAAACAACAAAACUGAAAGCAAACUUAGUGACAAAAUGGUUUGCGUGACAGAGGAUGCUUUCGGUACCACAAUCAACCCCCUAACCAAGAAGGAAGUGGCAAUAAGGCGCUUCACCAUCACCAAUGAUCGCAGAAUGUCGAUGCAGUUGAUAACCUUCGGCGCCUCAAUAACUUCACUAAAAGUGCCGGACUCGCAUGGCAUGGCAGAGGAUAUCACGCUCGGCUUCGAUAAUAUCGAAGGUUACUUGACCGAGAAUAAUCCCUAUAUUGGGUGUUCAGUAGGUCGUGUUUGCAGCCGCGUUGGCAAUGGCAACUUUAUACUUGAUGGAAAAAAGUACGAGGUUACUAAAAACUUCUUGGGAAAACACAUGUUGCACGGUGGCACUCAUGGCUUUAGCAAGGUCAUUUGGGAAGUGGAUCAAAUUAGACCGGAUGGUGUUGUUUUCAAGUUCACUUCGCCCGAUGGUCAUGAGGGCUUUCCUGGUGAAGUGGUUGCCACUGCUACUUACACUAUUACGGAUGAUAAUUGUAUGCGCUUUUGCUUUGAAGCAACCACCAACAAGCCAACACCGGUUAAUAUGACUAAUCAUGCAUACUUCAAUUUGGCGGGACAUAAUGCAGGCAAGCAGGGUAUGGCGGAACAUAUCGUUAAAAUAAAGGCCGAUUGUAUAACCGAUAUGGACGAAGAAACGGUGCCCAAUGGUCAGUUUAUUAGUCUGGAGAAUCAUCCAUUGGAUUUACGUAAGCUGACAAAUGUCGGAGAAGGUUUGAGAAAAAUCUCUAAGAUCGCCAAGGGUUACGACCACAAUUACGUACUGAAGUACACACCAGGAUGUAUUGAGAAGCAAGCAAAAGUAUUCCAUCCUCCUAGUGGUCGCUGCAUGGAAAUUUUAAGCAAUCAGCCCUGUAUGCACUUCUAUACCGCGCACAACAUGCCAGACUUGGAGAAAAGGGGUAAAAAGAAAGGUAACACGCAACCCAUGAUCAUCGGCAAGGGGCGCAGUAUGUACGAGAAGCACGGGUCAUUCUGUAUGGAAACACACUGGUUCCCGGACGCUGUGAAUCACGCCAAUUUCCCCUCCGUUAUACUGAGCCCCGGCGACACUUACCAACACGUUUGCUUAUUUAGAUUUGGCGUUUACGACCCGAAUUGCGAACGUCAUGGCAACCAGUUAUGCGGCUAAGCAGUGCUGCUCAUCAGGCCUCAUCCUAACACGGCUACAGGACAGUACUAGCGCAUAUCCACAUACAUGUGCAUACAUACAUACAUAUGUAUAUGAAUAUGUGUACAAAAUUAGCAACGUUUUCAUAUAUGUAUUGUACAUAGUACAGAUAUAUUCAAAUCAUUGCUGCAGUAUAUGAAAACUAUUUGACCUAAAUUCCUUUGUAAAUUAAAGAAAUAAAUUACAAAUUAUUCACAUA